CUGAUGGUGAUGAUGGUGACUUUGGUGGUUGUGAUAGUUUUGGGCAACGCACUGGUCAUUUUGGCCUUUAAAGUGGACAAGAGUUUGAGAAGGCAAUGCAAUUACUACUUCUUGAAUUUGGCAAUAUCAGAUUUCCUUGUAGGGGCAUUCUGCAUCCCGGUCUACAUGCCUUACAUCCUCACAGGCAGGUGGACACUGGGCCGGGGACUGUGCAAGCUGUGGCUGGUCAUGGACUACCUGCUCUGUUCGGCAUCAGCCUUCAACAUUGUCCUCAUCAGCUACGACCGCUUCCUGUCAGUCACCAGAGCAGUAAGUUAUCGUAACAGACAGGGCAUGCCACAUCAAGCCGUCGUCAAGAUGAUUGCUGUCUGGGUGCUGGCCUUUGUCCUGUAUGGCCCGGCUAUCAUAUUUUGGGAGCUGGUGGUGGGCAGAAGACGCGUGCCAAAGGAUGAGUGCUUUGCAGAGUUCUAUUACUCUUGGUACUUCCUGCUGAGUGCCUCCAUGCUGGAGUUCUUUUCUCCUUUCAUCUCUGUGGCGUUCUUCAACCUCAGCAUUUACCUCAGCAUACGCAGGAGGAGGCUCCACAGCAGGGAGGCCCAGCUCCACCUUCAAUUGAGCGAGCCUGCUUCUGCCCAGGGGAAAGGUAUCCCCCCGUCCCACAACUGUGGGUUUGGCAUGACACUGGCUGUAAGAGGCUCUAUCAACUCCCAGACCUCGUCUCCCAGUUUGUGUAAACUAGAUCCCUUAACCAGCAGGGCGGCCCAGCCUAGCCGUCUGUCCAGGGAUAAGAAAAUUGCUAAGUCCCUUGCCAUCAUAGUGUGUGUGUUUGCCAUCUGCUGGGCACCGUACACCCUACUGAUGAUCAUCCGUGCUGCCUGCAGAGGGCGGUGCAUCCAGCAUCACUGGUACGAGGUCACCUUCUGGCUCCUGUGGCUCAACUCUGCGAUUAACCCAUUCCUGUACGCGCUUUGCCACAGCAGCUUCCGCAGGGCCUUCAGCAAGAUCCUCUGCCCGAGGCGGCACACUACUCCCCUAUCAACUGUCCUUCACACUGGCCAGUGA